AUGAAUCUGAAAUCAUUGAUACUGGCCUGGGCGGGUCUGCUUUCGCCAGCCACCAUUUCGGCCGCUGGGGAUGCUCAAACACCCCUGGUCGACCCUGACCGUGAUGGUGUAUCUCUGUCCUCCCGGCCGAACAUUGUGUUCAUCUUGACAGACGACCAAGAUCUUCAUAUGAACUCUUUGGAGUAUGUUCCCCUCAUCCACAAGCAAUUGAUUGAGGAAGGGACGCUCUACACGAAGCAUUUCUGCACGACAGCAGUGUGCUGUCCGUCCCGCGCAAGUCUGUGGACUGGUAAACUCGCCCACAAUACAAAUGUCACAGAUCUCAACCCACCUUAUGGCGGGUUCCCCAUCUUCGUUAAAAAUGGCCAUAACGAGAAUUAUCUGCCUGUAUGGUUGCAAGACGCUGGCUACAAUACGUUCUACACGGGCAAGAUGUUCAACGCUCACACAAUCUGGAACUACGACAGCCCUCAUCUGAAAGGCUGGACCUCGUCUGAUUUCCUUCUUGAUCCCAACACGUAUGAUUAUUAUAAUGCUGCAUUCCAGCGUAAUCAUGAUCAGCCAGUCAACCAUCCUGGCGAGUACUCUACGGACUUGGUCGCGAAAAAGGCCUAUGGUUUCUUGGACGAUGCUGUCCAGGAGGAUAAACCUUUCUUCUUGGCCAUUGCACCUAUUGCUCCCCACAGCAACGUCAACUCCAGCGUCCUGAACCCCGUCAAGGGUCCCGAUGACAGCGUCCCCGUAUCCGACGGUAAGUUCAGAGUCAGUAUUCCGUUGGCAGCAAAGAGACAUGAGCACCUGUUCAAGGACGCCAAGGUUCCGAGGACGGAGAACUUCAAUCCCGACAAGCCAUCGGGCGCCGACUGGAUCCGUCGCCAGCCUCAGUUAACGAAUGAAAACAUUGAGUACAACGACAGACAUUACCAAGGCCGGCUGCAGGCUCUGCAGGCUGUUGAUGAACUGGUGGAUGGAGUCAUCAAAAAGCUUGGGAAGCACGGCAUCUUGGAUAACACUUACAUAUUCUUCACGACCGAUAAUGGCUAUCAUAUUGGCCAGCAUCGGCUGCAGCCCGGAAAGGAGUGUGGGUACGAGGAGGACAUUAACAUUCCUCUCAUCGUUCGCGGUCCGGGAGUCCCCAAAGGUGGUAUCACCGAGGCUGUCACGGCUCACGUCGAUCUCGUCCCCACCAUCCUAUCCCUUGUGGGUGCCCCGUUGAGAGCUGACUUCGAUGGGGCUCCGAUUCCUCUCUCUGCUAAAUCGCUUAAUGAGUCUCCGCUUACCCGUGAACAUGUCAACGUGGAAUACUGGGGCUGGGCCAUCACUGAGAGCAAGUUCGGCUUCGAUGGCGGCGACACCAAACGCAUCUUCAACAAUACUUACAAGGCCUUGCGUGUGAUUGGCAAUGGCUACAACCUCUACUACUCGAUAUGGUGCACAAAUGAGCAUGAGCUUUACGACAUGACUAAUGACCCUGGCCAGCUGCAUAACCUGUUGCACGAAGACGAGGCUGCCCUAGCUGCUGAAGUGACCAUCCUCGGCUAUCCUCUAGACAAGAUUGUCCCCAGACUCGACUCGCUUCUGUUUGUCCUCAAGUCCUGCAAGGGUACCACAUGCUCGCAGCCGUGGCACGCCCUGCAUCCUUCCGGCAACGUUGGCAGUCUGCACGAUGCCCUUGCACCUCGUUUUGACGACUUCUAUGUUCAGCAGAAACGUGUGCAGUUUGGUCACUGCGAACUCGGACACAUUAUUGAGGCUGAGGGGCCGCAAUUCGAACAUGACGGCGCUGUGUAUUGGAAAGGUUCUAGAUGGAGCGAUUGGACUUGA